AUGGAUAUUUUAAGUUGGAUGGAUGUUGCUUUACAAAAGGCAAAUGAGUCAUUAAAAGUUGGUGAAGUUCCAGUUGGGUGUUUAUUUGUAUACAACAGUAAUGUCAUUGCUGUAGGUAAUAACACAGUUAAUAAAACUCGCAAUGCAACUCGACAUGCAGAAAUCAAUUGUAUAGAUCAAGUUUUAGAAUUUUGUAAGACAAAAAAUUUGGACUACAAAAGUGUUUUUUAUGAUAUUGAUGUUAUUGUUACUGUAGAACCAUGUAUAAUGUGCAUGUCUGCAUUAUGUCAAUUGCAGGUACAUAAUGUUAUAUAUGGUUGUAGGAAUGAUCGUUUUGGUGGAUGUAUUAGUGUUUUUGAAGUACCAAAACUUUAUAAUUCAAGAACAAAAAUAGUAGGUGGUACCAGAGAUAAUGAAGCAAUGAUAUUAUUAAAAGAAUUUUAUAAAGGUACAAAUCCAAAUGCACCUGAAUCAAAAAUGAAAAAGAGUCGUAAAAAGAAAGAAACAUAAAUAUUAAAAAUAUGA